GCGGCUUGCGGGCGGGAGGAGGCAGGCGCGGCGCGGCGCGGCUCGGCGGAGGGAAGGGGAGAGAGCGCGGCCGCCGCCACCGCCGCCAUGGGCAAGCGGGUGGCCCUGGUCCUGGCCGGCUGCGGCGUCUUCGAUGGCAGCGAGAUUCACGAGGUCUCGGCGGCGCUGGUGCAGCUCAGCCGCCGCGGCGCCGAGGUAAAGAUAUUUGCUCCCAAUAUUGAGCAAAGGGAUGUAGUGAAUCAUUUAAAAGGAAGUCCAACAGGAGAGAAGAGAAACGUGUUAGUUGAAAGUGCCAGACUGGCAAGAGGCAACAUUCAGGAUUUGGCUGAACUUAAAGUUAGUGAAUUUGAUGCAGUCAUUUUCCCUGGUGGAUUUGGUGUCGCAAAGAACCUGUGUUCCUGGGCAGUAGAUGGCAAGAAUUGUACUGUCAAUGAGCUUGUGGAUUCCACUCUCCGAGCUUUCCACAGUGCUAAAAAGCCAAUUGGUUUGUGCUGUAUAUCUCCAGUCUUGGCAGCUAAAGUCUUUCCUGGUUGUGAGGUCACGGUUGGCCAAGAUAAAAAUGUUGAUGGAAGAUUUCCUGAUGCUGAAACAGCAUCUGCUAUAGCAGAGCUUGGAUGUAAGCAUGUUUGCAAAGAUGUAAGUGAAUCCCAUGUGGAUAACGUCAAUAAGAUAGUUACUACCUGUGCUUUCAUGUGCAAGGCUCCUUUGCAUGAAAUUUUUGAUGGAAUCGGAACAAUGAUAGAUGAAGUCCUGAAACUUGCCUGACUGGAAAUGUACAAAUAUCUGUAAGGAAAUCCAUUUAGCUAAACAUAAACAUUUAGAUUCCUUUGAUUGUAUUAAUAAAAUAAUGCAACUAUUAAA